AUGUCGCAAGCAACCCCAACGCUGUCGUACACGCGAACCCUCGAAUCACGCAUUGCAAAGCUCGAAGCGGAGCUGGCAAAGUAUAGAAACGAGCCCCAGAAUCGCAAUGGCAGUGACACAGAACAACAGGAGCAGGGGUUGAAGGUCGAGGAAUCAGAUCGGCCUUCUUCUAUCGAUUCACUCGAGCAACACCGUGAAGAUGAUAAGGAAGCUGUGGAUUCACUCUCUCGGGACAUCGAAGGCUUAACAGUAGAAGAUGACGGGCGCAUCUCUUUCCAUGGGCCAACGAGUCUAUUUCAGCUGCCGAGCGGUCUGGCAGAGGCUGCUAACCCGGCUUUGCCAGUCGAUAAUGAGUCCGAUGGUCGAAAGGAGCGUCUCAUUAACAAUGCAUGGAGAGAACGUGCCUUCGAGCAAUUGACUACCAUCCCAGAACCAUUCAAUUACCUUCUGGAUUCUCACUGGUGUUGGAUACAGCCAUUGUUUAAUUUCGUUUAUCGCCCAGCUUUCACACGUGAUAUGAAGAUGAAUGGCCCUUACUUUUCAGAAAUACUCCUUAAUGCUAUUCUCUCCCACUCGCUUCGAUGGUGCAGGGACGAACCGAAGAUUGCUCGUAUGCUUGAUGCAUAUGAUGGAGGGCAGCAAUUCCGACAACGAGCCGUAACGGGGUUAUUCGAAAGUUUGAAAGGUGGAAACGGUCAAAUAACGGUUGUCCAAACGCUUCUUCUUCUCAGCGCUCAGGAAUGCGGCCGUGGAAAUCGUACCCAGGCAUGGUUAUACAGCGGGAUGGCCUUUCGACUGCUAGAGGACUUGGGUAUUACUAUCGAUAGCAGGAAGUACUCUGGGUCAGUGCAGUUCUCAGACGAAGACGUUGAGAUAAGAAAUCGACUUUUCUGGAGCUGUUACUUUUGGGACAAAUUGGUGUCGCUGUACUUUGGUCGAUCUCCAAUCAUCCAGGAUACCCCGGUCUCUCCGCCGCGGAUUCUUUUGGAUGAUACUGCAGAGAUCGAGAUAUGGACUCCACACGGAGUAGUAUUCCCCGAGGGCAUGCACUAUCCUCCGACACAGGCACAUUCGACGUCAUGCUUCAUGAAAAUGUGUUCGUUGGCCGAAAUACUCAAUCAAAUUAUUAUCCAUAUCUACGAUCCUGUUCGCCAGAGCACGGAAGCUCAGAUACAGGAAUGUGUGGAUAAACAGGGAGCCAAUCUAGAAAAAUGGUGGAAUGAACUUCCGCCAUUCCUAAAACUUAUCCCCAAUAAUCUUCCCACAUAUUGCCCACCAAGUCAUGUUGUGACUCUCAACUGCAUAUAUCACACUACUAACAUCCUCCUACACCGUCCAAUGCUCUGCUCCAGGCCCUUCCGGACAAGGGCAAAUGCUGCAAGCAAUGCUAACCAUUUGGUUCAAUGCCUCUCCUCUGCAUCCUCCAACAUAUCUCUUUACGACCUCUUUCGACGGACAUUUGGUGACAGUCACGUCGUUCUGUCUCUUGCAUACAGUUUAUAUACGGCUGCUUCUAUCUUCAUACUUGAGAUCCAGGCAUUGAAAUAUGCGUCUCCUUCAACGUUGGAAAAGCUGAGAUACUGCAUCCUCGCCCUUGAACGCGUGAAAGCUGCCAAUCCAGUAAUACACACUGCCCUUGGCCUGAUUGAGAAAGAGCUCAAGAAGCUCCGAAUCAAUAUAUUCGACACCCUAGCCAACCCAGAUCAACAAACCAUCCCGGCUGUAUCCCCGCAAACUACUACGUCGUCGCCGCCUUCUUCUCUAGACCCCUUACAUAGCCAACAUAUGUAUACCCUGCCACCCCACGGGGCGUUUAGUAUCACACCACCUCCAGCAGAUCCCCAACAGGCACAUCAGCAGCAGCAACAGCCGUUGCCACACCAAAACACCACCUUCAUGAUGGAUACCCCAUCGCUACCUGAUCCGCCUGACUUCAUCGCUCAAGAUCGAAUGUAUGACAUCGCGCCAGAGCUAUUCGAAGCCUUCUCAUAUGCGGAACCUAACACGCCCGGUGGUGUUGGGGCAGGGUUCGACUCUACUAACUGGGCCGGCACUGGGCCGACAAGUUAA